AAGAGAAAAACAAGGAGCAGAAAUAGAAAUUGUUUUCUCUUUCAUUUCUCUCUGUGAACCUCAAUAAAAAAUCUUAAGAGAGAGAGAAAUGUACUUACCACAGAGUGGGAAGAUGACAUCGAGCCAGAGCUUUCCCAGUGGGAAAAUAAGGAACAGGCAGAGGUGUCCCAUGGAGAAAUGAACGACUCCCAAGAAGUGUCCCAGGGGCAAGAGUGCCCCAAGCAGGAGCCGUCCCAGGAAGAGCUCUCUGACUGGGAAGAGCGCAUAGAGGAAGAUCCGUCCCAGGGAGAAGUCACAAGUUACCAUGAACGCUGUGACUGGGAAGAAUACUUCCCUGAGCAAGAGCUGUCCCUGACGGAAGUCAGCAGCUCCCAAGACCUCUCAGACUGGGAAGAAUACACUGAGCAAGGGCUGUUAGGAGGAGAUGCCAUCAGCUGUGCAGAACAUUCCAACGGGGAAGAAUACAUUGGCCAAGACCUUUCCCAAAGGGAAGCCUGCACUGGCCAAGACAUGGCGAGAGGGAAUGGCAGCAGACCCUCAGGACAAUCCAGUUCAGAAGAUGAUAGCUAUAAGGAGCUCGUGCAGGAGAACUGUGAAGACAAGAGCAGCCAUGGCAUCUGGACUAAGCCCUUGGCCCCAGAGGAGGAAGAGUGGGAUGAGGUGAGCAUCCUAGAGCUGCCCCCAGAAGAAGACAAAGAGCAAAAAUGGAGAGUUUUUGCAGCAGAUGGGCUCCCAGUGCCUGUCCUUCGUGAGGCCUGGGUUGAGAGCAGGAACCAGAGCUGUGUGGCCCACGGCCACUCUAUGCCUGGCUCAUGCCCCUGAAAUGCCAAGCCCUUGUGGGACAUGUGGCUUCUCUUCCCUUCAAGAAGCUAGAGGCAGGGACAGAGAGCUGGGUGCCUGUAGAUAUUCUUAGUUUAUUUAGAGAGAAAAGAGAGAGAAUUCUCCCAGGCCUAGGCUGGGAAAGUUAGGAGAAGGAAUAAAAACAAUUAUCUCUUUCUGUUCAUA